AUGGUUUCAGGCAGACUCAAGCAGGAGCAUAUCAUGUGCUGCGAGGAGACUUUCACCGGUGCUGAAGUUAGAGAAGCCUUAUUCCAGAAAGGGGUCUCUGUCAAGGGAACCCUCUUUCUCCUUACUUAUUUAUUUUGUGUGUUCAGGCUUACUCAAGAAAGGAAUGGUGGACAAGAAGAUUCAUGGUAUUAUAGUUGCUCGUGGAGCUCCCGAGACAUUGCACUUGUUUUCACGAAUGACAUCCUCCUCUUUGCUAGAGCAAAUACCAAUGAGGCCACAAAGAUUUUGGAUAUCCUCCGGCAAUACCAUACGGCUUCGGGACAAAUUGUCAACCUUGUGAAAUCUGAGGCUUCGUUUAGUGGUAAUGUAAGAAAUGAAGACAGGGCCGAAAUUCAAUCCUUAAUGGGGGUCAAUGAUGUACAAGGGCACUCUAGGUACUUGGGAGUCCCAAACAUUUUUCGAAGAUCAAAAAAAAAAAUACAUUUAGAUUGGUGGUUGAUAGAGUGUGGAAAAAAGUUAAAGGCUGGAAAGAGAAUUUUUUAUCGAAAGCUAGGAAAGAGGUUCUUAUAA